AUGGACGUUUCCCAGCUCCCUUCUGAUUUUUUUGUCCGUGAAGAUGCCUUCACGCAGAAGACCUAUCGGGAUGUCUAUCCCGCAAUCGAUCCCACUCGCCCGGAGCUCUCUCAGGCAGGAAAGGUGGUCGUAAUCACCGGUGCGAGUCGUGGAAUCGGUAAACUGGGCUUUGCGGCAUCAUUUGCCCGCGCAAAGGCGGAAGCCAUCGUACUGAUCGCACGCAACGCGUCCAAACUCGCAGAGACGGAACAGCUGGUCAAAGAAAUCAACCCGGCCACAAAGGUGCUGUCGCUCGCGGUGGACGUUGUCGAUGAGCCCGGCAUCAAGGACGCGUUCCGCCAAAUAGUGGAGCGAUUUGGCACCCCGCAUGUGCUGAUCAACAACGCGGGAGUCACGGGGGCAUUGAAGUCCAUCUUCGAUGAAGACAUCGAUUCCUGGUGGAGAACACAGGAAAUCAACAUCCGCGGGACAAUGAUCGUCACUAAAGCCUUCCUGGCAACAACAGGGAGGGAGCCUGAGGCGCCAACGACCAUUAUCCAUCUGUCAUCCACGUCGGCUGGUAUGACGCCGCCCGGAAUGAGCUCAUACAGCCUCACCAAGGUGGCGAUUGUUAAGCUCACGACGUUCAUGAAAGAUGAGCAUCCGAGCAUCACGACGGUCGCUGUCAACCCCGGAGUAGUGUCGACUGAUAUGGGGAACAGUAUCCCAUUUGUCAUCCCAUUCAUGAAGGACACGCCGGAGCUGAGUGGUGGUUUAGCUGUGUGGCUGGCUAGUGGUGAUAAGAGCUUCCUGUCGGGGAGAUAUGUCGACGCCAACUGGGAUGUGGAGGAAUUGGAGGCGAGAAAGGCGGAGAUUCAAGAAGGGCUCUUGUUGACUGUCGGUCCGAGAGGGAAGUUUGGGAAGAAUCGAGAAUAA